AUGUUUAAGGAUUGGUUGUUGAAUUCUCUCACUGAAUUUCACAUUGCUUUGCUUCCAAAAAAUUAUCAUCUUCCAAGGUGGGCUGCAGUUUCGACUUCGUCUAGGUUUUAUCGGCACCCCCAACGAGACCGGAACCUGGGUAAUGCAACUCAGUCUCGAUACGUUAACCAUUAUGAAUCCAAGCAGAUUGAAGAGAAGGAUGAUCACCCAAGCACCGUCGUUAUUUGUCGAGUCGAUGACGCUUUCGUGUUAGAGCAAGAUAUGUGUGUAGCUUGUGGCUCAUUUGGUCAGGACAAUGCAUUGCUUUCCUGUGCCCAAUGCGGUCAAUGCUAUCAUCCUUAUUGCGCUGAUGUACCCAAGGUCACCCGAACGAUGGUUGAGAAAGGUUGGCGAUGUCUUGACUGCACCGUCUGCGAGGGAUGUGGGGAGAUGACUGAUGAAAAUCUUCUGCUCCUUUGUGAUGGCUGUGACAUCAGCUAUCAUACAUUUUGUCUGGAUCCUCCUCUAAAGGAAGUCCCGAAGAUAUGA